CGCUGGGUGUGGGGCCUCUGUGGUGGUCCUGAUGUGCCCCAUGCCGCAUUGUCUGUAUCUACAGUCAACACAGAGAGCCGCGGCGUGGGGAUCAAGCAGAAUCAGCUCUCUGUGAGCUCUCACAUUGUACAAGAGGAUGAAUUACUUAAGGCAUUGAAAACUAAUGAGUCGCUGCGUUUGACUUUUAACCUACAACUAACUGAAAGUACAUUGGUUGAAUGGGAAACUAUUGUAUGGCUGGGAUGCCUAUAUAUACGGGUACCCAGUUGUCUUCUACCUGAAGGGUCAAAGGAGGGAUUUGUUUCUUUACUUGAGUAUGCUGAAGAAACAUUACAUUGUACUAACAUCGUUGUUUGCCUACAUAAAGACCGUUCUGAUCGAGCAAUGCUGGUUCGAACAUUCAUGUUUCUGGGUUUUUCGGUCUUACCACCUAAUCAUCCAUUGGUUCCACCAGGCAGUGACACCAGCAAUCUCUACAUGCUCUAUGCCAUUGAGUAAUUGAUAGAGUAGCGUUAGGAUCUGUAAUUUAACGCAUAGGUUCCAUUUAUGUCAUCUAAUACAGUUAAAAUAUGAGAUUAAUUCAUAUAUAUUCCAUAGUAAAAUGGACAAUUGUAAAUUAGAUUGUUUAAAAUAAAUUGUUGUUUAAAGUUUAAUUUUACCGCACCAUAUUUAAUGGCU